AUGCUUCAGCAUCUCUUGUUAUUCUGGUUGAUUCCAUUUUUGGUUGGCAACGUUUCUGUAAAAAUCGAUACAACCUGGGAACAAACAUCAAUUCUGGGUGAAAUCAGCGAAUUCGUUGCAGAAAAAGCGCCAAAUGAAUUCUGGGACUACUUGGAAAAUGUGGAAGAAGGUGGAAAUACUCGAGAAAAUUAUGAAAAUGGACUGAAAGAAGCUGCAAAGUUGAUAGAUUCUGGACUGCUUCCCAUAUUGAAACUUUCUAUUAGCACGAGGAAAUAUUCGCCAAGAAUUCAACUACAUUACAAACUUGGAGAAUCGAGAUUAUGUUCUGUUUAUUUUAAGUAUGGAAGACAAAAAGAUUGCAAUCUUGAGAAUAUUAUUAUUGGAGAGAAAAAUGCGGAAGUUUUAUACAAUUCUGAUCAUAAAUUCACUCAAAACAAUAACAAUACUAUGAUUGUUUAUGGAAUAAUUGGAACGAAAGAAUUGAGAGAAUCUAUUCAGAAAAUGAAAGAACUUGUGAAAAUGGGAACUUUGUCAAGUUUCGUAUUUCGAAAUCAUUUCACGGUAGGGUUAUUUUCAAAUAUUCUGAAAUGUGUUAAACAAAUAAUUUUUCAGUCAUGUUCAAAUACGAAUGUUUCUUUAUCGGGUUAUGGAGUAGAACUUGUUAUGAAAGCCACUGAAUAUAAAGUUAUAAACGAAAAUGAGGAAGUUGAUCCAAAAGAUUUGCACGGUGUUAAUAUUGAGAAACUCAAAACAAUCCAUACAGAUCUUCGAGAAAAAUUGAAUGAUCUUCGAGAUUAUCUUUUCAAAAUUGAUGAUUUCACAAAACCUUUGAAAAAAUGGGAAUUGAAAAGUUUGAGUAUCCAAGCGACGAAAAUGAUAAUGGAAUCAAAUGAUCCAUUGAAAACUUUGAAGAAAAUGACACAAGAUUUUCCAUCUCAUUCAAGAUAUCUUUCGAAAGUAAAUAUUGAUAAUUGGAAAUUAAAAAGAAAUGGAUAUAUUGAUGAAGGGAUUAAUGAAUUGCGAAUAAAUGGAAAAAUAAUUGAAAAUGAUGUGAAUAUUUUCGAUUUGAUUGAAAUAUUAGAAAAUGAAAAACAAUUGGUGGAUAAAUUAUUUGAUAUUGGAAUCAAGGAUCCUAUGAAAUAUUUGACUACAAUCAAUUAUAAACUUGAUAUUCCAAAAGCAGUAUUUGAUUAUAGAAAUGCAAAUCCAAAGGUAAGUAAAAUAUCACUUUGAUUUGAAUAAUUUAAUAUCUUUAAGUUUUUAAACAACGUGGAAAGACAGUAUGGUUAUUCAACAAUAAAAGCAAUUAUUCAAAAAGUCGAUUUUGGAGAAGUUUUGCCGAUUGCAAAAAAUGUUUUCACACUUAUUUUUGUUGUCGAUCCACUUGAUCGAAAUCAAGACUAUUUAUUGGAAUUUGCAAGAAAAUACAAUAAAAAACAGAAAUUUGUCAGAAUUGGAAUCAUAUCGGAAAAAUCAAAAGAAUUUGUGAGUCGAAUUGGUUUAUAUCGAACACCAAGAAUUCUUUUGAAUGGUGAACUUAUUGAUGAUUUUGAGAAUGUUAAAGAACUUGAAAAUAACAUUUAUCAUAUGAUUUAUAAACAAUCAAUGUAUCUUCAAAAUAUGGUUUAUCACGGAGAUGUUGAUGAUACAAUUAAAAUUGAAGAUUUUUGGCUCGAUGAAUCAUUCAAAGUUCAAUCAAGAGUUCAUUUCAGGUAAACAAUAUUUUGUUCAAAAACUAGUUCCAUAAAUCUCAAUUUCAGUGUCAUAAAUGCUUCGAAAUCAAAAAAUGUUCUCAAAAUUCCUUCAAAUUCAUCAUCAUUGAAAAAUGUGGAAUAUUCCAUCGAAACACAAACGGUAACAUUUUGAACCGAAAAAAUGAAUAACCAAUAUUUUUCAGCCUAUUAUUAUUUGGAUUGUUGGAGAUUUCAAAAAUCAAAGACUUGUUUCAUUCUCGAAAAAUGUUCUGGAUUUAUAUGGUCAAAAAUAUCAAGUAUGUUCCAAUUAUUUUAAAAGUUUCUCGAGUAUCGUUUAUAUUUUUUCAGAUUGCUUUGAUUUCAAAUUCAGAUUGUCCAGAAAUAUCGAAACUUAAUUGUGAUAAGAAUUUGAACAAAAUCAUUGGAAUUAAAUCAGGAGAAACAGCGAUUGUUAUUAAUUCAAUUAUUUUUGGACCAUUGAAAUCCGAAGAAUUAUUCAACAAAAAAGAUUUUUCAAUGAUUUUCUCAAGUUUUGUGAAAACUGAACUCAAAAUCGAAAAUUUACUGGAAUUUUAUUCAAUUUUUCAUGGAAAUGUGAAAGAGAAAAGAGAAACACAUAAAACUCCAAAGGAUAUAAUAAUAAAAGAAAAUGAUAAAACUAUUCCAAAAUUAUCAAUUACAUGGGUUCUAAAUCCAACAACUCCAGAAGCACAAUAUAUUGUUAAUUUGGUUGAAUUGAUCAAAAAUACAAUGAAUUCCGAAAUACGAGUGGGUUUUAAAUAGAAAAUUGAACAUUUCUUGUAAUUUUCGAGUUUAAUUUCCAGCUUGUUUUCAAUCCAGUUUCGAAGUUAUCAAAUUUGCCAAUAAACAGAUUUUAUCGAUAUGUUAUAUCAAAUGAAUUGAGAUUUGAUGAAAAUGGGGAAAUUUUAACAAAUAAUGCUGUUUUCGAAAGUUUACCGAAUAAACAAUUGAUGACACUUGGAAUAAUAACACAUGAUUCGUGGAUGAUUGAAUUGAAAACAACUAAUUAUGAUCUUGAUAAUAUUUUUAUUGACUCGGUUUGUUUUUCUUAUUCAAUUUCAAUUCUAUAUACUCUCAACUUGGAAUUUUUCAGAAAACUCCAAAUAUUAUUGCAAAAUAUACCCUGGAAAAUGUGUUGAUCGAAGGAAAUUGUUUGGAUAAUUACAGUAAUCCUUCUAAAGGAACUCAAAUUAUGGUUGAAAAUAUAAUUAAUCAGAGACGAUUUGAUACAGUUGUUAUGCAAAAUUUGGGAUAUUUCCAAUUGAAGGUGGUUUUCUUUAAUUUCACUCUUGAUUCAAAUUUUUCACACGGUUUUUAUUAUUUUCAGGCGAGUCCUGGAAUUUGGAAAAUUAAUUUGUUGGAUGGUGGAAAAAUCUCGAAAAUUGAUGGAAAAAGUGAAUUCGAGCAUGAAAUUGUUAUAGGUCAGUGGAAAUAUUUUUGUGUUUGAAACAAAAAAAAAUUAUUUGAAAAAAAACAUUUUUCAGAUUCGUUGACUGGGAAAAAUUUGAGACUUGAAGUUGAUAAAACCAAAAAUGAUGAAAAUCCCUCGAUAUUGAGAAGAAUUUCAAAUUAUUUUACUGACUCGCUAUCGAAAAACAUUGAUUUUGGAGAUGAAAUAAAUGUAUUCUCAUUAGCAUCUGGACAUUUAUAUGAGAGGUUUGCUGAAUUUUUGGAUACUAACUAAACAUCAAAUUAUUCUUCAGAUUUUUGAAAAUCAUGAUGUUAUCAGUUGUCAAAAAUACGUCAUCGAGAAAAGUUAAUUUUUGGAUUUUGAAGAAUUAUGCAUCCCCAAGUUUCAAAGAAACAAUACCUGAAUUAGCGAAAAAAUAUGGAUUUAAUGUUCAUUUUGUGGAAUACAAAUGGCCGAAUUGGUUGAGAAGACAAACAGAAAAACAAAGAAUUAUGUGGGGAUAUAAGGUUAGUUGAAUACAUUUUGAACUUAAUUCAUAUGAUUUUUUAAAAUUUCAGAUUUUAUUCCUCGAUGUUUUGUUUCCACUGAAUGUUGAGAAAAUCAUAUUUGUUGAUGCGGAUCAAGUUGUUCGAGCUGAUUUGAAAGAAUUGAUGGAUUUCGAUUUAGAAGGAGCUCCGUAUGGGUGAGUUUGGGAUGCUGUUAUUGGAAUCUAAAUUUCUUAUGAUCAGAAAUUUUAAUCGAAAUUCAAACAUUUACACAGAAAACUUUUAAUUUUUACAGAUAUGUGCCAUUUUGUGAUAGCCGAAGAGAAAUGGACGGAUUUCGUUUUUGGAAAUCUGGAUAUUGGGCCAAUGUUCUUGGAGACCGAAAAUAUCAUAUUAGCGCUCUUUAUGUUGUGGAUUUGAAAAAAUUCCGAGAAAUGUCAGCCGGUGAUCAACUUCGUGGGAAUUAUCAUAUGUUAUCAAGAGAUCCAAAUAGUUUAUCGAAUUUAGAUCAGGUUAGUAUUUUUACUUUGAUUUUUUCCAAACAGAUUUUUUUGUUAAGGAUCUUCCAAAUAGUAUGAUUCAUGAAGUUCCAAUCAAAUCUUUACCUCAAGAAUGGUUAUGGUGUGAAACUUGGUGUGAUGAUGAAAGUAAAAAUAAUGCAAAAACUAUUGAUUUGUGUAAUAAUCCAAUGACAAAAGAGCCGAAAUUGAAUUCAGCAGUGAGAAUUAUCAACGAAUGGAAAGAUUUAGAUGAAGAAACUAGGGAAUUUUCAAGGAAACCAUCAAAAAUUGAUCUUUAA